AUAGGUUUACAUGGCUCUUUUCAAAAGGUCACAGGUUUAUGAUCAGAAUGUACAGAAAAUUGAUGACGAGGAUGUUCGUAGAUCCAAAAAUAAAGUAUCAUCUAUUUUUACCUCAGCUUUAACCGUGAUGAAGAUAAGUGGGGCUGUACUGUCAACUGAUAAAAAUAGAGGGAGCAAAGUUAAGUACAUUUCGCAUAUUUUAUUCUGUUGUAUCAUGCAGUUCAUUCCGAUAUUCAAUGCAUUUCGUUUUAUUGGAGCAUUUAUGUCGGCUACAGGUAAACUGAAAUACCAUAUCGGGCUUUUCUCGUUUGUCUGGUUCUUUUUCCUCAUCGAGUAUAUGGCUAUUAUGUUUCUGUAUAGUUCUAAACAACUGAUGACUUUCUUUGUAACAUUUGACGAGUAUGAGUGUGAUUAUGGAAUUCAUUUCAAAAGGACAAAAUACAAACGUAUCAUAGAUGUCAUAACGAUUGUUUUAAUUGUUGAAGUCUUCAUAACAAACAUACUAAUAGCUGCAUCAUUUUCCUUUGAUUGGAUAGACCGAAGUUCACUUUAUGGAAUGUUCAUAUGGCCUCUACAAAACUCUACAGGUUCAACACUUGUUUUGGCAAGUGUUAUGUAUGGAGUUUUGAUGAUUCAUCCUAUGGUUACUUGUAUCUCUGUUUUUUUAUUUUACUUUUUUGUUCUACAAUGCAUCAAAAAAGAAUUCGAGCAUAUUUCAAUUCGUUUGGUCCAGUUACGUAAACGACCAAUGACUAUUUCAACAGAGAUGGAAGAUAUUCGUCAACAGCAUCAAGUUAUUGUUAACAUUUUGUCUACGGUAAACCCUGUUUUACGUCACAUUGCUGGAGGGUUUUAUGCUAUGGGUACGCCUGUUAUAUGUUUUAUGAUAUAUGGACUGUCGUCAGGUACCUUGUUAUGGGAAGAUGGUUUUAAGAUGAUUGGUACUAUUGUUUUUAACCUUGUUGCCAUGUUUGCAAUAACAUUUGAAGGGGCUUCUAUCAACAGCAUGGCUCACCAACCGCUUGAAGAACUACAUAACUUCGAUAUGUCAGUACUACCGGACAAGACGGUUCAUCAAAUUCUAAUUUUCACAAACAGACUGACUGGUCCUCCAAUUGGCGUCAGUGUUUACGGAUUAUUUGUAAUAGACUACUCUACAGUGUUAAUGGUAUUUGGGACAAUUAUAACAUAUGCAGUGAUCGCAGUACAAUUCACUUCAACUGGUUCACCAAGUGACAGCUGUUUAUACAAUAAUACAAAUGUGACUUUAAUAACAUAGAACAAAUAGGAGCUCCCAUUAACAUAACAUGCUUUUUACAGUGGUAAAUUAUUAACAGAGUAAACAUCUAUAUCCGUAUAAUCUGUUUAAAAAUAAUGGCGGUAAUCCAGACAUUCUCGUUUGGUAGUUUUUCAACGCAACAUUUUCUGUUGGUUAAAACAUGAAUAUCACACUUUAUAAAUUUUGUGUAUCCAACGAGCUUUUUUGGGGUUUAUCUUUAUCUGGAACGUUCAAAUCCAUCCAUUUAAAAGCUGGGGAAGUAUAAAUAUAUGACGAGCUCCGUUUUGUUUUUGGACAAAAAGGACAUGAAAUAAAUAGCCAAAACCACCAAAGGUUAACAGUGCCUGAAGGAGUAGGAAUCUUAAUUUAUAAUAAGUUAUUGAUGUAUUAGCGGAAAUAUCUUGAAAUGUAUGUUAUAAAUAUGGUAAGUGCGGAAGCACUGACUACUGGGAUGAUGAUAACCUCGGUUAUUAACAGUUCACCGGCAGUGGUAUCGAACCAGUGCUAGAAAUGAAUUGGUAAUACAAUAAAAAAUAAAAAUAUGUGAAAUGAUUGUCAAUAAGACAACUGACCAUCAGAGACCAAACGACGUAGAAGUUAGCAAUUAUAGGUAACUGCAAGGCUUUCAACAAUGAGGAAAAACCCAUAUCGCAUAGCAAGCUAUAAAAGGACCCGACAUGACAAAAUGUAAAACAAUUCAAACGAGU